ACAGACCUACAAGCCGGCUUCCCCGUGGAGUUCCUCGUCGGCUUCAUCAACAAGGGCUCCGAAGACUAUGUGGUUGAGACCAUGGAGGCUUCCUUCCGUUACCCGAUGGACUACACAUACUACAUCCAGAACUUCACCGCCCUGCCUUACCACCGCGAGGUGAAGCCCCUGCAAGAAGCAACCUUCGCGUACUCCUUCAUCCCCAACGAGGCGUUCGCCGGCCGGCCGUUCGGGCUCCACGUGCAGCUCAACUACAGAGACGCCAGCGGGAACUAUUACCAGGUAUUUUGUUAG